AUGGCCGAACGAAAGAUAUCCGUCGACGAGGUCAUCAAACACAACUCCCCUUCCGACGCGUGGAUCGUCAUCGACGGAACGGUAUGGGACGUUACUGAAUUCGCACCAACUCACCCUGGAGGAAUCGACAUCAUCUUGGAGUAUCUAGGUCAGGACGCCACGAGGGCUUACAGCGAGGUACACUCUCCUGGACUUGUGUCUAGAUCUUUGGAUGCGACCAAAAACAAAGGUCAACUAGACGAAUCCACCGUCACCGAAGAAUGGAGAUCGAAACAAGCCGACACGAUUGAAGGGACGCCUCCAGCGGAAAGACAAGACAGCGACAGACCCUACGAGAAACCACCUUUGGAGUCGAUGAUCAACCUUUUUGAUUUCGAACAAGUGGCCCAAAAGUUUGUCAGUCCCAAAACUUGGGCUUACUAUUCUGGAGCCGCCAAUGAUUGUUUAUCUUUGAACGCAAACGUCGACUGGUACAGACGUAUCUGGUUCCGUCCCAGAGUCCUCAAGGGCGUGAAGGACGUCGACACGACAGCCACGGUGUUGGGUGAAAAAUAUUCCAUGCCAAUCUUUUCCUCUCCUGCGGCAUUGGCCAAAUUGUCCCAUCCGGAAGGUGAACUGGCCAUGGCCAGAGGUGCCGUGACAAAAGGGACGACCUUGUGCGUUUGUUAUGGAGCUUCUUAUUCUUUGGAAGAAAUUACGCAAGUCAUGCCACCGGGUUACCCCAAAUUUUAUCAAUUGUACUUUGAUAAAGAUAGGAAGGUGACGGAACGCAAAAUGAGGGAGGCUAUCGAGUUGCAACCCCGAGCGAUCUUGGCGACGGUCGAUUUACCGGUGGUGGGUAAAAGAGAGGCGGAUGAACGGAUCAAGAUUGACGGUGCAGCUGCUUCCGCUUCAGUCAAAUCUUCGUCACAGGUUCAAGGUCUGGCUCAGUCAAACAUAUUACCAAAGGACAACAAGGGAACAGGUCUAGCUCGAGUCACUGGUUCUUUUGUCGACCCUAACCUGACUUGGGAAGAUAUCAAAUGGCUGAUCUCACUCUCCGACAUACCCGUAUUCGUCAAGGGGAUCCAAUGUGCGGCGGACGCACGUACCGCCCUCGAGGUCGGUUGUAAAGGGAUUUACAUCUCCAACCACGGUGGGCGGGCGGUCGACACGGCACAACCUUCCAUCUUGACCCUCCUCGAAAUUCAGGCAAAUUGUCCAGAGGUCCUGGAAAAGAUGGAGGUCUUUAUCGACGGUGGAAUCAGAAGAGGUACAGACGUCCUGAAGGCUAUGUGUCUCGGUGCUUCGGCCGUUUGUGUGGGAAGGCCGUUUCUGUACUCUCUCGUUUAUGGCCAGGAAGGCAUGGAGAAGGCAUUGGAUAUCCUCAAAGAUGAAUUAGAAACGGCGAUGCAAAUGGUUGGAAUCACUAGAUUGGAUCAAGCACAUCCAGGCUUGUUGAAUACUGCCGACAUCGACAAGUUUGUGUAUAGGGGUGACGCACAUCCAUGGGCCAGAAGAAUCGUGAGGAACAUCAAGUUGUAA